UGCAAGGAGAGUGUGCAGGAGCUCCUAGCCCCUGGAGGGUCAGGGGGCAGGUGGCUGCUUCUGGGGCAAGGUCCCUGCCAGUGCUCUCAUCAGCCCCAGUCCCCUGUCCCCAGCUGUGCACCCUGCCACCUCCGGACACCCCGGCAGCAGCGAGAGCUCGGCUCGGCCCCGGGGAGAGGGAAGGAACCGCUGGCUGCUCUGAGAAGUCCUAAUCAGGCUUCUCCAGCCUCGCUGUGUCACCUACUCCUUGGCAGUGGUCAGUGGCCUCUUGCAGAAGCCCUGGAAGAAGCCUUUUCCCACAGUCCUCCUCAAUUUGCUAAAGAAGGGCCAUGUCUGCCUUUGAUCAGAGGAAGCAGAGCACAGGGCACACAGAGCCUGAGACAGACUGCAUCACCCCUCGGGUGAAGCCAAGGGGUGAGAUGUUUGUCUUUAUUGAUGGGAAAUGGGUGAAUGACAUCUACUGCCAGCCACCCUUUUCUUCACACCAGAAACUCUUUAGCAAGAAGGCACAGAAUGAGUGGAGCAUCUGGGAGGAGAACAGAGCACUCUGGCAGGAAAACCAGGUCCUCUGGAUCAAAAACAGGAUGCUCUGGGAAGAAAACAAGGCCCUACAAUAUCUCCAGUCACAGAACAAAUCUGUCCAGGUAAUUUACACUGAUGCUGUUCAGCGAAGCCUCAAGAGCAAAAAUAAGCCAUUUCCACUCUUCCAAGAGAGGAGCACAGGCUUUCAGCUCAGCCUGGGCAACAAAGCUCUCCAGGCAGUCCAGGAAAAGAAUAAAAUCUUUGAGGAUUUCCAGCAGGAGAAUAAAGCGCUCCCCGUUACCUGGAAAGGCCAAAAAGCCAUCACAGUCCAUGAAGAGAGCAAAGAUGCCAGCUCAGAUCUUCAGAAGAGCAUUGACACCAUCACAGCUGUGGAAAAGGGUAACCCUGGCCCAGUCCCCCAGCAGAAACAUGAAGGUAAAAGGAACAGCCCUACUCCAACUCAGAAUAAGACUGAGUCUGCCCCAAGUAUGCCGGGACAGCAUGAAAUCCUCCGGGUUCUCCAGGACUUACGUGAGCUCCUCCACACCUUCCUGAAAAUGAACCAUCCUCCUGGGGAGAAACAGUGCUGUCACAAUGUCUAUGACAUGAACAGAUCCUUCCAAGAAGAUUACAAUAAACUGAAGCUGCAGCUGAAUGCUGUGAAAAACACUGUGUCAGACAUUGCAGCUCAAAUGGACAUGCUGGAAAAGGAGAUUGUUGCCAUCACUUCCCCAAUGUAUGAAGAAGCAGGGCAGAAGCUGGCAACGGAGCAUCAGCUUGGAGACGUGUGAAGCUUGGGGCUAAGAACUGCUAGUUCAUUGCCCAGAAAGCUUCUCUCCUUUUCUCAGGAAACUUAAUAAAAUCCCAAUAGAGCCUGAAGAUAUCUGGGGAAUAUCCUGCCUAUCUGAAACUUUCUUGCACUACUUAGAUAUAUUUCACCUUCUGGUUAUAUGGUGUAGGUGACUGUAAUGAAUUUGCCUAGUGUCAGCAAUCAUGUUUUUCAGCUUUUUUUUUAAAGUUUCUGCUAACAAGGCUUAGAUUUUCAGAAGGUUACUGCUUGAGGAUCUCAACUCUGAUUACAGUGUGCCAGCUUGUAGUCCAAGGACACACUCACAAUCUCUGCUAAAAAAGCUUUGACUAAUAAAGGAGGAUCCCUCCUCCCAGACAUCGUGAUGGAGGCAGCAGGAGAGAAUGAAGCAGGCAGCAGGACUUCUGCACAGAGCAGUGAGGUCCCUCUUGAUUUCUCGGAUAGUCAGAUAAAGCAGGUUUUUACCUGCCCCACAGCAAAAGCAGCAUUUUGAUGGUUGUUCCAUGGCUUAAGCCAGUAUUUAGAAGGGCGUCUACUCACACUAUAAUAGACAGGCCAGCCUGCAGUGAUCUGCUGACACAGAAGAUGAGAGCCUUUUGAUCUGCUCAGGUUUGAAAUUCUGGUCUAGUCUCAAUUGUGUGGCCAGAGUGGCUGGAAACACAUUUCCUCUGUCUCGGACAGUCCUGAUGCAGUACACUUUGUCACAAUCUUUCAGGCAGAAUAUGGGAGCCUUUAAGUAAUCUGACAAGACAGAUGCAGGGAGCCUUCUGCAGAGCAAUUGUAGGAGCAUUACUGUAAAACAAAGGAGAGGUUACAGUGAGGUUUAUCUGUUGCAACAGGACCCCAAAAACAGGCUGUCACUCUAGUUUAAAAGCCUCUAAGUGAUUUGCCACGGAAUUACCUAAAACAUGAACUAUCUUUCACCUUGCAUUUCACUCAGACAACACCAUGCCAAGUGCAAGUGAUGACUGUUUACUUCAGAGGCUUAAAACAACUGGUAUUUUCUUCUGCUGUUCAGGCUUUGGGAGGCUGAGGCAAAUCUCUCAGCAUGAAGUCAAAUGGCUGGCUCUCACUGUUGUGGGUAGGGCUGUAUCUGUAAAAAUCAGGUGGGAAGAAGAGGAACAAUGUUCAUUAGGAGGUGAAUAUGCAGACAGCAAGUUGCUCCUGCUACAGCUAUUAAUAGAUUAAUACCUCAGCACUGUGCUGGGGAACAUGCUCAUGUUCUGUGCCUUCAGACAUGCUGCUUUUCUCUAUGUCAUCUCCCUCACCAUGUUUGAACAUAAUGUUUGGUAAGAGGGAGAAACAGGACCCUAAUGCAGAGGUUCAGAGGAGGACAGCAGAAGAAAAAUGCUCUGACCAUGUGUUCAUAUCUUAACAAACUUAUUUGUGUUCCAUUAGAAGAAAUAAACUGCUCUUUUGCCAGUGGUCAGAAUACUGACUCCUGCCGUGUCCCUAUACAUGGGCAAGAAAGACACUUGGGAGUGCAUCUUUCCACCACCUGUUUGGGAGGAGUCAUAAUGUCAGGUGUCCAUCCAGGACAGGACAUCCAGAUCUCAGCUAGUCUCCCUGGGCUUCCUUUCUAUCCUGUAGGAAGGAAUGGGCAUGUUCAGGCUGUGAUUAAUCUCACUCCUAUUAGACUAAAAGUAGGCUGUGUCACCAGCUGGAGUCCCUUGUUUCUCUCUGUUGCCUCUAUAAUUACUUGGAGGACAAUUAACUCAAACUUAGACAUUUGGUUUGGAGCUCUCUGAGUGAGAAACUUGGCAGUUCCAGACAGAGGAGAUGCUUCAUCAAGUGGUGAAGUGGCACAAGCUUGGGAGUGUGUCCCAGUCCCUGGCUUUGCUUUCUGCACGAUGCCUUCAUUAAGCAGCUGAUUGAGAUCUCUCUAUUGUGUGGAGAAAUUAUUACUUUGUGAAUAAAAUUGAGUCAGUUUGGGCAGAGCUUAAAUAUCAUGCACACGUGUAGGAUCCUGAGGGGAGCACACUACUUCUCCUGAAUGCUAAUGAUGUUUCUGGAAGGAAAUAGGUUUUGUGAGUCCUUUGCACUUUGAUCACUUUGGAUCUUUGAUCUUCCUGGCUAUGAGAAAGUCUACACCUGGUAAAUAUUUUUUGGCAUCUCCCAUGGAGAAGCUGAACUUUUCAUUCUUUCAAGUUUUCUCAAGUCUGUCAAGUGAGAUGACUACGUCCAUAAAAGACUGCCCAGAUCUUUACCUUCCAGAGGACUCUGUGCUGUUCAAACUCUCUGUCCCAGUUUGGGGCAAAUAUGGAAGGAGACCUCCAAAGGGGUCCCUCUAGAAAGCAAACUCAAGCAGCCCUGCUCCCCACCAGUUCAGGAGACAUAAAUCUCCUUUGAGAAAAGUGGAAAAAACUGUUUAUUUAACAAGCAAAGUGGAAAAAGGAAUAAUAUUAAACAAUGGAACCUCUCGCUGCUCUCUAGAGAGGGCAAAUUCAGAGAAUCCUUGUCGUGGGGUGUAGCUCAGCUCGCUCAGUCUCUUAUCAGUCUGUCUGGCACUGGAAAAUGCUGUGUCCUGGGCCCUGGUUGGCCACAGGUGUGAGCUCCUGGUGUUUUUCUGGGAUUUCAGUCCAGAGCGGGGCUGAACAGUUCCAAGAAAAAGAAAAAAAACAGUCCAGAGAACAUCUCUGCCUCAGCUAGCUAAAAAAAAACCUAAAAAAAAAACCAAAGGAGAGCUCUCUCCUGCUGUCUAUCCGUGCUGCAGACAGCACAGUCCAGGAGAAGGAUGUGGGGGAGCAAGUGCAGUCCCUGAUAACCAACUCCAUGCUUCUUCUCUCGCUCCUUCACUCUCAGAACCAGUCUUGAAGGUGCAUAACUCAAUAUCCAGCAUAAACAGAACAAAGUAUUGGGGAUACAAGCACCAUAAAGUCACCCUAGGACACUCUCAAAUCCCAGAAGGUACCAAAUCUCCAGACUCUGCUUAUUUGGUUACAAACCAGAGCGAGUUGGUGACAGCAGUGGAGGAUCAUUUCUGGGUGGUGCUGGAAAGGCAGAUGACCAUUGCUUGAUCUGUUAAUGCUAAGGGCAUAGAUGGUGAGAUCUGACUGAGUGGCCUGCAGAGUGCCACAGGACUGCAUGGGGAGAUUCCUAAGCACUGCCCAUUUCCUGCAUUGUUCCAUGUCCCAGCCAGUGCCAUUUACCAGUUCAGUGGUGCCAUCCUACAGGUCUCCACCUCUAGGACGUGUGCUGGUGAGAAUGGUUGGACUGACAGCUUUUGUGCAUUAUUUCAGGUACAAAUGGAAGAAAAGUGCAACAGCAGGCAUUUACAGAAAAUACUUAUUAAUUAUCAUAAAAUUUAGGCAUGUUUGGGGAAAAAAAUGAAGUAAGUUUAAUAUAUUUUUCUAGUCUGCUCACUGGGUUACAAGUCCCUGGAAAUUAAUAGCUCUUCUGGCUUGAAAUGAUGGAUAUCAUUCUUAUAGUGCAUAAUUUACCUUUUGUGGAAAGACAAACUUUCAGACUCUCUCUUUAUUGUUGCUGAUUAGGUCCUUACUUUUUACUACUCAUUUAUCAGUACUAUUUUUGGAAAGCUGGAUUUUUGGCAAGGUCACCAUCAGCUUCUCACUUCCCUGUGAAUUGGAUUAUUGCCUCUAGCUGGGCUCUGUGGAAAUGCUGACUUUCCUGUUCUCAUUUUUUACUAGACAGUCUAAUACAUCUGGGUUUGUACUGUCUUCAUAGAACACCCACCCUGCCCUUUUGUGCUCAUCUCAGCAGCCCCACCACAUCCUCACACCCCUAAAUUGCAAUUUGGGAAUUUUUUCACAGUGUUAUGAACUUCCUUGAGCCCUGGCUUGCUCCUGUUAACUGCUGAAGACAGUUUUCCCAGAGUUUUGAUUGUGAUUUCAUGAAGUUGAGGACAUACUACAAAAGCUGUUGUGCUGGCCAAAAGCCACCCUUUCCACACUGGUGCAGACUGUUCAUUGGUGUUCUCAGCAGCCCAGUUUGCUCUUUCCCAGCCAGUUCCCAGCCAAUUCCAGUUCAGCUGAGAAUUAGACAUAAGUGUACAUUUAAAUGCAGGAAAAAGUGAAAGUCUUUCACUCAACCUUUUUGCUGAACCUGGACUAACCAUCUUCUUUUUUUGACAUCCAGUUUGGGCACAGACUACUCAAAUUAUUCCUGAAGUGAGGUGCAAAGAAGAGGGGGAGUAGCUCCUCAGAUAAGUUUCAUAAAGAAAUACUUUCUUACAGUGGUUGUUGGCUGGGUUUAGAGCAGAAAGCUUUAAAACUUUACCACAUUUUCCAAAGUGAUGUUCACCUCAGCUAGGUGGAGACACUGAAAUGAAAGAAGUAACUGAGACCCAUGGCCAGCUGAGGUCACUUCUGCAGCUGGUGGAGGUAGGCAGGAUUGCCAGAGGGUCCAAGUCUUUCCCUCCUGACUGCAGAGAGCCUGGAGUGGUCAAGGGAAGGUGGGGAGGGUUGAGACCUGAGACAUGGUCACAUCAGUUGAUGAAUGGCUGACAGAGAGCUUUGGAUGGAGCUAAGGGAAAAAAAAGUGAGUUUAUGAUAAUAAGGGGCAGGCAACUCAGAAGAAGCUCUGGGGUGUUGUGAGGUUGUACAGGGAGAAAAUUAAAAGGAUCAAAUCCCAAAUAAAACUUGUUCUGGUUACUGUUGUAAAAAA